UGUUGAGGUGCAGUGGUUUCUGGGAUGGGAACCACGCUACUUCACAGAUUUAGGGAGUGAGGCGCGGACCUUUUAACAAACGUUUUAUUUUCACGCUAGGAUCUUGGAAGGUGAUGGAUGUGGCAGCUAACUGUUCUCUGCGGGUGAAGAGGCCUCUAUUGGACCCCCGCUUCGAGGGUUACAAGCUCUCUCUCGAGCCGCUGCCCUGUUACCAGCUGGAGCUUGAUGCAGCUGUGGCAGAAGUAAAACUUCGAGAUGGCCAGUAUACACUGGAACACAUGCAUGCUUUUGGGAUGUAUAAUUACCUACACUGUGAUUCAUGGUAUCAAGACAGUGUGUACUACAUUGAUAACCUUGGAAGAAUUAUGAAUUUAACGGUGAUGCUGGACACUGCUUUAGGGAAACCACGAGAGGUAUUUCGACUUCCUACAGAUUUGACAGCAUAUGACAAUCGCCUUUGUGCAUCUGUGCAUUUCACGUCAUCCACUUGGGUUACCUUGUCAGAUGGAACUGGAAGAUUGUAUGUCAUUGAAACAGGUGAACGUGGAAGUAGUGCUUCUGAAAAAUGGGAGAUUGUGUUCAAUGAAGAGCUUGGGGAUCCUUUCAUCAUAAUUCACAGUAUCUCUUUGCUAAAAGCUGAAGAACAUUCGAUAGCUACCUUACUUCUUCGAAUAAAGAAAGAGGAAUUGGAUAUGAAAGGAAGUGAUUUCUAUGUUUCUUUGGAAUGGAUCACUAUCAGUAAGAAAAAUAAAGAUAAUGUAAAAUUUGAAAUUACUAAGCGUCGUAUUCUUCGUGGAAAGUCAGUGCCACAUUACGCUGCUAUUGAGGCAAAUGGGAACAAUCUAAUGAUUAUUUCCUACAAGGCCUUCACAUUUGUUCCUAUUAGUCAGGAGUUUGAAGAAAAUAUGGAUGAAGACAUGUCAGAGAAAAACAAAGUGGAACCUUUGUAUUACUGGCGACAGACUGAAGAUGAUUUGACAGUAAGAGUACAGCUUCCAGAAGACAUUACCAAGGAGGACAUUCAAGUAGAGUUUUUACCUGAUCACAUCAGCAUCAUGCUGAGGAAUAUCCAGGUUUUAGAAGGAAAGCUCUACUCAUCUAUUGAUCAUGAAAGCAGUACAUGGAUAAUAAAGGAGAAUAAUAGCUUGGAGAUUUCUUUGAUUAAGAAGAAUGAAGGUCUGCCAUGGCCAGAGGUAGUGGUCAAUGAUAAACAAGGGGAACUUGUAAGAGACUCAGCCCAAUGUGCUGCAAUAGCUGAACGUUUGAUGCAUUUGACCUCUGAAGAACUGAAUCCAAAUCCAGAUAAAGAAAAACCUCCUUGUAAUGCUCAAGAGUUAGAAGAAUGUGAUAUUUUCUUUGAAGAGAGCUCCAGCUUAUGCAGAUUUGAUGGCACUACAUUAAAAACUACUCAUGUGGUGAAUCUUGGAGGCAACCAGUACCUUUUCUCUGUCAUAGUGGAUCCUAAGGAAAUGCCCUGCUUCUGUUUGCGCCACGAUGUUGAUGCCCUCCUCUGGCAGCCACAUUCCAGCAAACAUGAUGACAUGUGGGAGCACAUUGCAACGUUCAAUGCUCUAGGUUAUGUCCAGGCAUCAAAGAGAGACAAAAAAUUUUUUGCCUGUCCUCCAAACUGCUCCUAUGCAGCCCUUUGUGAGUGUGUCCGUCACGUUUUCAUCUACCGCCAGCCCACUCCCAUGGCCACUGUGCUGUACAACAGAAAGGAAGGCAGGCGUGUAGGGCAGGUUGCCAAGCAGCAGGUAGCAAGCUUGGAAACCAGUGAUCCUAUUUUAGGCUUUCAGGCAACAAAUGAGAGAUUAUUUGUUCUAACUACCAAAAACCUCUUUUUAAUAAAAGUAAAUACAGAGAAUUGAUUUCUCUAAUAUGUUGGCUUCUCUGUAUUGGCAAAGUAUUAGGUAGUAGCUAGUUAUACUGUAAACCGUUAAAUUUGAAUGUGUUAAAUAAAAACAUCUUAUGAAUUUUUAAUUUUUAAAGAAUAUUAGAAAUGUAUUAAGAUUAUGAUUCUUAAAACGUAAAAUUAAGCUUUAGGUUUAGGGAACACUAGCUUCUAAAAAAAAAUACAAAAAUCAA